GGAGAGUCCAACAUUGGACCUGAUUUCAUCUGUUAAACAGGCUAGUAUUUUCGUCGACUCCACAAAGAGGGGUUUGCAAUCUCUCACAACCUUUUCCGAGGUUCUCUUUUCGAGGUUCCCUUGUUGGACUGGAUAUUAUUUACAUUGGGACUAGUUUUGUGAAUCGGAUCCGGAGAGGCUCCCUAGACACUCAUUGCUCUUCACUUGAAACUUGGAACCGUGCGUCUCAUAACGAAAUCCGUCACGAAUGUUUUGCUAUCGGAACGGGUUUAUUGAGGGAAUUUAAAUUUUCCACCCGAGAUCAGUUGGAAACUAUAAAAGACAAACUGUUUGAGGACGAUUUUCUAGAACUCCAGAGUCUUCUCGUUAUUGUAAACGAAGAACUUCAGCGAAGAUACGAAGGCUGUUGGAACUAUGCCUCAAAAAGAAUACUAUAACCGGGCCACGUGGGAGUCUGGCGUCGCGUCCAUGAUGCAAAACAGUCACAGUGGAGUGAACCAGCUCGGCGGUGUGUUCGUCAACGGCAGACCGCUGCCCGACUCCACGAGACAGAAAAUAGUUGAACUCGCACACAGUGGCGCACGGCCGUGUGACAUAUCAAGAAUUCUGCAGACCCAUGCUGAUGCAAAAGUCCAAGUGCUGGACAAUGAAAACGUGUCCAACGGCUGCGUGAGUAAAAUCUUGGGUAGAUACUAUGAAACAGGCUCCAUCAGACCCAGGGCGAUCGGAGGAAGUAAACCACGAGUAGCGACUCCCGAGGUGGUCGGCAAAAUUGCCCAGUACAAGAGGGAGUGUCCGUCAAUCUUCGCGUGGGAAAUCCGAGACAGGCUGCUAUCAGAGGGGGUCUGCACAAACGAUAAUAUACCCAGUGUGUCAUCGAUAAACAGAGUACUGCGCAACCUGGCUAGCGAAAAGCAACAGAUGGGCGCAGAUGGCAUGUAUGAAAAGCUGAGGAUGCUGAACGGUCAGACCGGCACGUGGGGGACCCGGCCGGGCUGGUACCCCGGAACCUCGGUGCCAGGACAGCCCAAUCAAGAUGGUUGCCAACAGUCAGACGGAGGCGGUGAGAACACUAACUCAAUAAGCUCCAAUGGCGAGGACUCAGAUGAGACCCAAAUGAGGCUUCAGCUGAAACGAAAACUGCAAAGGAAUCGCACUUCAUUCACACAAGAACAAAUAGAAGCACUUGAAAAAGAGUUUGAAAGAACGCACUACCCUGACGUUUUCGCACGAGAGAGACUUGCUGCAAAAAUAGAUUUACCAGAAGCAAGAAUACAGGUCUGGUUCUCAAACAGAAGAGCGAAAUGGAGGAGGGAGGAAAAGUUAAGAAAUCAAAGAAGACAAGCCAGUAAUUCCUCAAGUCACAUACCCAUCAGCAGCAGCUUCAGCACGAGCGUCUAUCAACCAAUCCCUCAGCCCACAACGCCAGUAUCUUUCACGUCAGGCUCCAUGUUGGGAAGAUCAGACACAGCUCUUACGAACACAUACAGCGCCCUGCCACCAAUGCCAAGCUUCACCAUGGCCAACAACCUUCCUAUGCAACCCAGCCAGACCUCAUCCUACUCCUGCAUGUUGCCCACUAGUCCUUCAGUGAACGGGCGGAGCUAUGACACGUACACACCCCCGCACAUGCAGGCGCAUAUGAACAGCCAAUCAAUGGCCACCUCGGGCACAACCUCAACAGGUCUAAUCUCACCUGGAGUGUCUGUACCAGUUCAAGUGCCAGGCAGUGAACCAGACAUGUCCCAAUACUGGCCCAGACUACAGUGAGAAUACGACGCGCAAGAACAAAAAAAGAAAAAGAAACCAGAGGAGAGGAAAAAAAAAUGAGAGAAGCUCCUUCACCUCCUGACGUCUCUCAGCUACAAGACAGGGCUGUUCAGCAGUAUUUCACCACAGAAGGAAAGGAGGAGACUCUAAAGGACCUCUUUUUUUGUACUGGGAUAGUGCCACUUCUCUAUCAUUCUUUGGACACAAAGACUUGAAGAAUAAAAGAGAAUAGACUUCUGUAAAGUGCCCGGUAUUAUAUCGUAAAAAUGGAGAAGAAAAAAAAAUCUGUUUUUCAGUUUCCAACCCAAGUCAUUUUGAUGUAUUUGUACAUGUAAUGGCCAAUUGUAUGUUAUGACAAAAAAAAAUGGAAAAAAAAAAUUUUUUUUUUUUUGAACAACCGUGGAUGGACUGUCAGUUGGUCAUAUUGAUGACUCAUCCUGCACUGCAAAGAUUUUCAUCCAAUCAGACACUCUCUAGAAUGAGAAUGUCCCGGCCACUGAAAACACCUGCAGCUGACUAUCAAAUAGCUAAAAACAUUCGGCUUUUAUAAGACCAAACUAAAAGAACAAAAGAAACAACAUUGUAAUUUGGUCUUGCAUCAUUUAACGGAGGAACAUUUGUGCAGCUUUUACUCAGCAUUCUUUUCUCAUCUGAAGCUGAUAUUAAGAACUUCUGCCCAUUUCUGUUUCAAACGUGGACCUGUAGUAACAAAACGAUCUCUGUAAUCUUUCCGAGAUGAACACAGCAACAGAGUUUCAGAGGAAGCCAGUCCAGAAUUUGCUUUUUUUUUUUUCAAAGCUUGCAGGUGACGGUGAGCUGUUUUUGUUGCUGAACCAGAGGAGGAAAAUGUUUGGUAGCUUAAAAACGGUAGAUUGUGUCUUCGAUAUAAUUCAGUUUUGUUUAUGUCAAAAUGUAAGUAUUUGUCUUCCCUAGAAGUCUC